AUGCAGGAGAAUAUCUGGUCACAUUCCCCGAGUUCCCCAGCACACCUGGAAACGACCUCAUAUGUGGGCGCCGCGGGGUGCUGCGUAGCAAGGAGAAGACCCAGAUGGACAACGCAUUUGGUCCACUCCUGCGAGAACAGAAGAACGCCGAGGGACAGGAACUGCACUCCAGUGAAAGACACGCUAACCUGGGAUGCGCCCGCUAGCUCCUUUCCCAAGGUGAACACCUCCAAGAGGCUCCAGAAGCAAAGGCUGCGGUGGGUGGAGGAUGCGGUGCGCGGGAAUUUCCCCACGGACGCUUGCUAUUCUGCACACCUUUCAGGAAGGUGCCCCUCUGCCUGCACCCUCCCCGGCGAUGUAGAGCUCGCCCGAGAGCUCAGCUACGUGCUGGAUCCCUCCGCCCGCGCCCGCGCACCCCAGGCCCGGCUUACCGUCCCCUGCCCGGUCCUAGAGGGCCCAGAGGGUACAGUAUCUCCAAAACCAACUCUCCUUCUUGGAGCCAGCCCCGACACAUCUCGAGAGUGGCGAGAGGCAACGCAGCCAGAAUGCCCCAGAGGAAAAAGUAGGCGUCGGAAGCCCUUUUCCAGCGACUCCCCCACCGCACCGAUGGAGUCCCGGGACUGCACGGAUCUGAGCCCUUACCUGCUUCGGCGCCUCCUUUCUGUGCGCUCUGCGGCCCCGGAAGCCGGAUCGAGGGUAACAGGGUGGCUGGGUGCCGGCGGGCCGCUUGGUUUUCGCCUCCAGGACCGGGGCUUGCACUUGCAGAGCCGCUGCGUGGGUAAUGUCCCUCUUUUUUCCUCGCCCUGGCGCGCUCCCUCGGCGCGUCGCGGUCUCUGGGUUCCAGCUGGAGUUGGCACUCGCCCCCGCAGCUCUUUCCUGUGGCGCCGACCUGUGAGCCCCUCCCCGCGCUCGACUCCGCCCCGGGGUCCCCGCCAGCCUCCGAACCGAGGCCGAGGGUGGGUGCCCAGCUCCCGCACCCCACCGCGUGCUCUCGGGCUGGUGCAUCCAGGGCGCCGGGCACCGUAGCUCUGGCCUCCCUGACGCGGGUCCCGGGGCGGCGGGGGCCACCCCCUCAGGGAUUUCAGCGUCUUCGCCUACAGUCUGAAUAGGACCACAGUAGCCGGGUUUCGACCGUGCGCUUGGGAACAGCGAGCACCGCCCUCUGCCGCUAGCCGUGGCACGGCACCCGGGUAUCGGGCGCAGGAGCGGAGCGUACUGUCUUCCGGAGGUGCCCAGUGCCAGCGUCCGCGCCUACUACAAGGGGACUCUUUCAAGGAAAGCCUGGCUCCGACGAGUGCAGUGUGGACCUUUUGGCGAUGGCGGUGAAGGAGGCUCCCAGGAGGAAGCUGGGGAUGGGGGCAGCUUGCCCUGCUCAAAGCUCCUGUAGUCCUCACUCAAACUUUGGGAUGACCACUGCUAUCAGAUUCCAGGGCCAUAUCCCAGGAGUGCCUCAGCCCAUCUGUCCCGAGAGUCUGGAGCCCUCCACUUUGCUUCUAACAGGCUCUAACUCCUCCCACGAUCUCCCUGGUUAAACACAGGAAGUGCCCAUUCAAAUGACUGGUGCUCAGGACUCUGGGUGUACAGGAUUGGACCUGUGGCAGGAUCCUGAAGGUCUGAAAAGGUGUUCCCCAUUGUUAAACCCCAGCCACCCAGCCAGCGGAUAAUUGGCAGGUCAGAAUAUAGACUCCUCUAUGUCAGAGCUUCCCUUUUUUUUUUUUUUUUUUUUUUCAAGGGAAUCUGGAAUUUGAGAACUUAAAAAAUACUCUUUGGGUUUGUUAAAGCAAGAUCUUUAUUUUGGCUAAAGAGAACUUGUCUCAGACUGAACACAGUCCACAGGACUGCCAAUUAAAAAAUGUGUGGGUGAAUGAAC